GUCUGCUGAGCAGAUGAGGAAGUGGCAGCCGGCGGCCCCAGGGACUGUUGGCCAGCCCCUGCCCCUCGGCCCCGCUGCCCAUCCGCUUGCCCCGCUGCUCCAUCGAGCCUGACGCUCCCUCCGGGACCCACCCCCAGUCAGGAUGGAGGCCAUUGUGACCAUGUUCCAGGAACUGAUCAAGAUGGGAGACCCCCGAAUCCAGGAUUACCCCCUGAUGGGGUCCCCACUGCUCAUGACCUCCAUCCUGCUCACCUACGUCUACUUCGUGCUGUCCCUCGGGCCCCGCCUCAUGGCUAACCGCAAACCCUUCCAGCUGCGGGGCUUCAUGAUUGUCUACAACUUCACUCUGGUGGCCUUCUCCCUCUACAUUGUCUAUGAGUUCCUGAUGUCCGGCUGGCUGGGCAGCUACACGUGGCGCUGCGACCCUGUGGAUUAUUCCCACAGCCCCGAGGCCUUACGGAUGGUGCGAGUGGCCUGGCUCUUCCUCUUCUCCAAAUUCAUUGAGCUCAUAGACACGGUUAUCUUCAUUCUGCGGAAGAAGGACGGACAGGUGACCUUCCUCCACGUCUUCCACCACUCCGUGCUGCCCUGGAGCUGGUGGUGGGGCAUCAGUAUUGCUCCAGGCGGUAUGGGAUCCUUCCACGCCAUGGUGAACUCCAUGGUCCACGUGGUCAUGUACCUGUACUACGGCUUGGCCGCCCUCGGGCCCGUAGCCCAGCGUUUCCUCUGGUGGAAGAAGCACAUGACGGCCAUCCAGCUGGUCCAGUUCGUGCUGGUCUCCUUGCACAUCUCUCAGUACUACUUCAUGCCCCGCUGCGGCUACCAGUACCCCCUCAUCAUUCACCUCAUCUGGAUUUACGGCACCGUCUUCUUUCUCCUCUUCUCCAACUUCUGGUAUCACUCCUACACCAAAGGCAAGCGGCUUCCGCGGACCGCCGCCGCCACCGCCACGCACAACGGGGCCGCCUGUGGGGCCAAGGUCAAGGCCAACUGAGCGGGCGGCCCUCCCCCCCGCCCCGGGACCCCCGGCCGUGUGCCUACCACCCCAAGUGCCUCAGGACUGCACCCGCCGGUGGU